UGAUCAUUUGUUUUACCGAAUUUCUUAACAUUUGGAAGCAAUUUCUUCCAAAUAGGAAACUUGGAAGGUUUUCACAUUCUUUGUACCCAUAUGACAAGUGAACAGCUGUUGUCGAUUUCAGUCAAAGAGAGGCAUCCUCCUUCCAGGAGAAACAAACCCUUUGUAAGCUUAUUGGGACAAGAAGAGGAAAGUUCUAGGUCCCGGUCAGAAUCCAACAGUGAACUGCUGGCACGCGCGAGUCUAUCUUCUGAAGUUGGAGAUUCACCUGAAGGAAUUGAAGCCUCUACAGAACAAGCUCAACGUUUUGCUUAUUUUACUGAGAACUAUUCUGCUUCAGUGAAUCAGCGUUUCCAAUCCAGUGGCGAGAAUAACGCAACUUUUAGUGCAGAAAAGCCCUUGAACACAGAAGAUUCGCAACCUGUUGAAACUGACGAACUUUGUGUUUUGUUUGACGUCUCAGGUUCUUUGAUUAGAGAACCUACCGUGGACAAGCCUUUUCGAAUUGAAGACGUAGACUCAAUUCAAGGAAUCGAAAAAUAUACCUUUUCUUUAUGUGACCUACUAACUCUUACAAGAAGCUCCCUGCCCCAGCAAAGAAUUGCUGCGUUAAAAGCAAUAUGCAAUGUUUUUCGUUCUACUACAGAUGGAACUCUUACUGACGACGAAGCUUGUUCCGUUUUAGAACAGUUUCAGCGCUGCAAUGGUCCUUCAACGCUGAUUGACUUACUUGAAAUUCCCAACUAUAUGGUGUUUUACUACCUUCUUAGCAUCGUUUCUUCUUUGAUAUUGGAAGUCGAAGGAUACCUAAAUCACUUCGAGGAAAGAUGGAACACUGUGGGUUUGCUAGAGGAAGAUUUGCAGAAGUUAAAAUGGUCAAGUAAUGGAACUGUUUCCGAAAACUCUGAUAGUUUAAAGAAUGUUCGCAGCUGGAAAAAACCGCUUAUCGCAGCUCGUCUUGUAGAAUGUUUUUUUCUGUCAAAGUUCUUGGACAAGUUACAGAGAUUCGAGAAUCUAAGUGCUUUGAGAAACAGAGCUUACUAUAUUCUUGCACUGCUCUUCGUGAGUUAUAUUGUGUAUUAUUGGCUUCAACAAGAAGGAUUGCGUUGCAAGGUUGCCUUUGAAAUUGGAAAGGUGCUUGUCAAGAACAGAAAAAGCUAUGAUGACAAUUUUCUAGCCAAGAUGAUGACCUGGUGUUUGAUAGUCUUGCCGACUUCGGGAGAAUGCCUGAGCGUAGUCCUAAAACUAGAGUCGGAGAAGACUUUGUAUUACAGAAUUCAAAGUUUACGUAUAGUGAUGCAUUUAACUGACGGGAAUUUGGUGCAGUUUGAUGUCUGGUGUUAUUUAAAGACCAUGAUUGAGAAUUGGAAAAGCACAGAUUAUUUGAUAGAAGCAUUGCCAACGAGAGAAUGCUUAUUACUUUGUAUUGAAUACUGCAAGCUUGCAAAGAUACAAAACAUUUUACUCGAUGAUGACGCAAGUAAUAUAUGUCCUGAAAUUUUUUCUUUAUUGAAUUUCUUGAUGGAUUAUUUGAAUGGAAACGAUGAUGAAGCAAUAAGAUUUUAUAUUUUACUUGUUGCUGAGCUCUUCGUGAGAUUGUUCUUGGGUUCAACUCCUUCGAUCCGGUGUAGCCUGGAGAAGAGGAUGGAGUCUUUGUAUAGUUACCUAGUUUCUAUGCUGAACCAUCUUCAGAGUUCUUGUUACGCUGGAAUGGAAAGUGUCGAGUUUGUAUAUUCACAAGAUACUGAGAAACGAGCUUUCAUUUUUAUGGCUUUGAGGAUUCUUUGCUUACUUGACAGGAAUAUUCAUCUGUAUUUUCCAGAUAUCGAAAAACUUAUCAAUCAUGCUUGGACGACAAUUGCGAAGUAUAAAGACACAAAUAAGGACAUUUUUGCAGUCUCGUUGGGCAUUGAAUCUUCAAAGCAUGUAUAUUACAUGGUGAUGUUCCUUGCCGAUUUUCACUUGAAAUGUUUUAUUGAUAGACAUGCCGUAUCUGAAUUGGAAAGUUGUUUACGACUCGUUUCCAUCGUUCAGUCGCUAGGAUUAUUCAACAUUUGCAAGAAUUAUUAUUCUUAUGUUUUUGCCCCCGACUCGUUGUCUAUUGCCUUCAGUAGCUUGGAUGAAGUCAACAUUUUAUCGUCGUUUUUGGAAGCACAAAUUGGGAAUAUCUUAGAAAAAUAUCGAGAGUUUUGGUGGUGGAGUGUUCUUUCUUAUUUUGUUCAUUUAGAAACCUUUAAUUACGAUGAUAGACGACGAUUGGUUUUGGUGCUAAGAUAUUUUCUUUUUCUAGUGAAGCAAACAGAUGUGUUUGAACCCAUGUACCCGAUUUUAUUUUACAAGAUUAUGAGACAAAUUUUGAAUGGCACUGAAAGUUGGCAUCUUUUGGUUGAGCAAGAACUUGAGGAACUUAUUUUUUAUCUAUUAAGUUAUGACAGUUAUCAUUCAUGUGUCCUAUAUCUUGAAACUGCAGAUCUUGGAAGCGGUUUGGUUGAUUCUUUGGUAGAUAUGGCCUACCGUCAUCUUUUCUCCAAUGACAUAAUGGCUUCGAAAAUGACGGAAAAGAGUUUCGUCUUGGUUUAUGGAGGAAGUGCGUGAAAUGCAAUUUUCAACUGUGCGACCCUCUAUGGAUAACUGGGCCACUAUGCCAGUAUAUGA